UCUAUGCCGCCAGUUUGUUAAAUUAAUGCAGUAAGAAAGUCUGAAGAUCUGAAAGCCAGAAGAUGCGCGAGCUCAGAAACCCGACAUGCCCCUGAAAGCUUGGGAUUCUGAGCCCUGCUGGGAAGCCAUGGACCCCAGCGGCCCCUGAAAGUUGUGGUGGGCUCUAUUGCACCUGCAGCCCCAAAGCAAUGGGACACCUUUCCUGCAGCAAUCCCAACUUCUUCGGCGGGGACCAGAGAACGCGAACUGCAAGGCAACAGCAGACUCGAACAGAGGCAGAAGAACGAGAUUCCGGGACUCGGUUGCGAUGCGCCAGCCUGGCACACUCUCCGACAUCUAACUGAAGCCAGCACCAUCACCUGCUCCACCUCCCUCCCACACACACACACACGCACACACAACCCCUACAACCCCUCGGGCCAGCCCAGGGCCAGAAAGAAGAUGCCAGCCAGGUCUAAGGGUCCGAGGCCAGGACUCUGAUCCCCACGGAUUUCUUGCUUGCAUGAAGCUGGACAUCUCGACAUAAAAUCAAGGGUUAAAAAAAAGAAAAGGAAAAAAAGAAAAGAAAAGAAGAAAAUAUACCCACCCCCAAGAGUGCCUCCCAGCGCCGCAGGGAGCCUCCAGCGAGUUGAGCAUCAGCAGCGCUCUUCCCGCCCGCAGCCGGGCUGGACGCUCUCCGUGGUGCUGAACCUGCACGGCCGCCGCUGUCCGCGGUGCCCAAGCCGCCUGGCUGCAAUUCUCCCCGGGCUCUGCCACCUUGUCCCUCUACUCCCUAGCUUCUUUAAACAUCUGGAUUAUUUUCCCCAGAGGCGCUCUCUGGCUUCCUCGGUGACCAUCGGAAACAUUUUUGCAUCCCCAUAACUCGUGGACUUUACAGCACAAGAAUUAGAAAAUGUACAGCUUCAACACUCUGCGAUUCUACCUUUGGGAGACCAUUGUAUUCUUCAGCCUUGCUGCUUCCAAGGAGGCCGAAGCUGCCCGCUCUGCACCCAAGCCUAUGUCACCCUCGGACUUCCUAGAUAAGCUCAUGGGGAGGACUUCUGGGUAUGAUGCUAGGAUCAGGCCCAACUUUAAAGGUCCCCCUGUGAACGUGAGCUGCAACAUCUUCAUCAACAGCUUCGGCUCCAUUGCUGAGACAACCAUGGACUACAGGGUCAACAUCUUCCUGAGGCAGCAGUGGAAUGACCCCCGUCUGGCCUACAAUGAGUACCCUGACGACUCCCUGGACCUUGACCCAUCCAUGUUGGAUUCCAUCUGGAAGCCUGACCUGUUCUUUGCCAACGAAAAGGGAGCCCACUUCCACGAGAUCACCACUGACAACAAAUUGCUGAGAAUCUCCCGGAAUGGCAAUGUCCUCUACAGCAUCAGAAUCACCUUGACGCUGGCCUGCCCCAUGGAUCUGAAGAACUUCCCAAUGGAUGUACAGACGUGUAUCAUGCAACUGGAAAGCUUUGGAUACACCAUGAAUGACCUCAUCUUUGAGUGGCAGGAGCAGGGAGCGGUGCAGGUGGCAGAUGGACUGACCCUGCCUCAGUUUAUCCUGAAAGAGGAGAAGGACCUGAGAUACUGCACCAAGCACUACAACACAGGUAAAUUCACCUGCAUUGAGGCCCGAUUCCACCUGGAGCGGCAGAUGGGCUACUACCUGAUCCAGAUGUACAUCCCCAGCCUGCUUAUCGUCAUUCUGUCCUGGAUCUCCUUCUGGAUCAACAUGGAUGCUGCACCAGCUCGUGUGGGGCUGGGCAUCACCACUGUGCUCACCAUGACCACACAGAGCUCUGGCUCCCGAGCCUCCCUACCCAAGGUGUCCUAUGUGAAAGCUAUUGACAUCUGGAUGGCUGUUUGCCUGCUCUUCGUGUUCUCGGCUCUGCUGGAAUAUGCGGCCGUGAACUUCGUGUCCCGGCAACACAAGGAGCUGCUGCGAUUUAGGAGGAAGCGGCGACAUCACAAGAGCCCCAUGCUGAAUCUGUUUCAGGAUGAUGAGGGUGGAGAAGGCCGCUUCAACUUCUCCGCCUAUGGGAUGGGCCCAGCCUGUCUGCAGGCCAAGGAUGGCAUCUCUGUCAAGGGUGCCAACAACAACAACACCACCAACCCCCCUCCUGCACCGUCCAAGUCCCCAGAGGAGAUGCGGAAACUCUUCAUCCAAAGAGCCAAGAAGAUCGACAAGAUAUCACGCAUCGGUUUCCCCAUGGCCUUCCUAAUCUUCAACAUGUUCUACUGGAUCAUCUACAAGAUUGUUCGAAGAGAGGAUGUCCACAACAAGUGAUGGCUGUGGAGGGGGGGGUGGGGAGAGGGUGGUGGGAGGAGCACAGAGGCUGGGAGCCAGGGGAGGAGGGAGAGAGGGAGAGCGCACACCCAUCUCCCUCCAAGUGCAAUAGAAACCGCAGGGGUGGAUACUUCCAGGGUAUGGCAAUAUUCAUCUAGCCUCCAAGGGCAUGAGGUGGUGGGGAAGCCUUUUCAAAUACAGCAACUGAGGACCAUGAGGGUUAGGG